AUGUACGAUCGUCAGCCGGCUGACGUGAAGGUGAGAUGACUCUUAAUUUAUCAUAACUGUUAUCAGCAUAUAGUUCAAAUAUUUUUUUUGAAUUACUGUUGUUUUACUGUAUUUUUGCUGUAAUAUUACUCGUUAUAACAUCAUCGAACGGUCAAAAAUUGGCAGAUUCAUGUAAACAUAUUUUCAAAAACAGUUAGUAAUAUUACAGUACUCAAAGUUCUGAUAUGUCACAAAAUAUUAUAACAAUAAUCAUCUCUUUGUUUUCUUUUAGGAGCAAUUAAUCGACGAAAACAAUUUGCUUCAAAAAGACGGCUCUAAAUUGUUUUCUUCGAACGACGAACGCUCUCUUCUGGAGCGCUACUUCGUAGCGGCCACGAUGAAAGACUGCAGCUUGAUGAUUAAUUGCCGGUUAGUCAGAGGUCCUACGGUUUGGACAGAUGAGUCGGCCAGUAGCCGUUUGAUUCGAAUAGAAACGGCGUCGGAGCCACUCUACUUCGCAGUCCAUGUCCAAGUUGUAGAUCUGGAUCCAAAACAUCCCCGAAAUCUGCUGAAUGCUCACCAACGUUUUAUGACAGGUGUCAACAUCAUAAAUCAAAACCCGGGCAUCCACACCCCGUGCUGUAUUGAAACUUUAUAA